UUGAACAUGGCAACUUUAGAGAAGAAGAUAAAAAUGUUACGCUUUUUAAAGAGAUUUCAGUACAUCAUUUUCUUUACAGUGUGUGCUGGAAUCUUGCUGGUACAGAUAGCAUCGUGUUUUGCAAAGUAUUUGGAGGAGCCCUCAUAUAUUUCAAGUUUUAUAGCUGAUCAGCAAAGGGCGGAGUUCCCUGAGAUUACACUGUGCAGUGAGGGUGGUGGAUACAAAUCCAAUAUUUUGUUGGAAAAUGGGUUUUUAAGCUCAUCGGAUUACUCAGCAACUGGAAACCACACUUGGCAUAGUACUAACACUACAGUAACUCCUCAGGAAUUGUUUGAAUCUGCAACCUUUUCAGCUGAAGAUAUGAUUGAGAAGAUGUUGGUCAGAACUGUUAGGAAGGAAGAAAUUUCAAGAUAA